CCAAAAGCUGCCUGGCGCUAUCCCUCGCAUUUUCACAGAGAAAGUGAAAAAAGAAGUGCUUCCCUCUCCCCCCUCAGUAGUCAGUACACAGAGCGAGCGGCACAAACCGAGAUAGAGAGCAAGCGACAUGGCGGAGGCGAUCGCACUCAUGGACAUUGACGAAGAGGAGAACCAGAACCACUUAUCGAAACCAAACAAAGGCAAAAACGUCGUCGUACCCGCCACACCACCCGGCGGUAAAGCUACUCCCUGGGUUGAGAAGUACCGUCCUCAAUCACUAGCCGAUGUCGCCGCUCACCGUGACAUUAUCGAUACCAUUGAUAGGCUGACCAGUGAAAACAGAUUGCCGCAUCUCUUGUUAUAUGGCCCUCCUGGCACGGGCAAAACGUCAACAAUUCUUGCUGUGGCGCGUAAACUUUACGGAGCGCAGUACCACAAUAUGAUUUUGGAGUUGAAUGCAUCAGAUGAUAGAGGAAUUGACGUUGUGCGGAAGCAAAUACAAGAUUUCGCUAGCACUCAGAGCUUCUCUUUUGGCGCAAAGACAUCUGUAAAGUUGGUUUUACUUGACGAGGCAGAUGCAAUGACAAAGGAUGCUCAAUUUGCCUUGCGUAGAGUGAUUGAGAAAUAUACGAAGAACACCAGGUUUGCACUUAUCUGCAAUCAUGUGAACAAGAUUAUCCCAGCACUACAGUCUCGAUGUACUCGAUUUCGAUUUGCUCCUCUUGAUCCAAUGCAUGUUGGUGAACGACUUAAACAUGUCAUAGAGGCUGAAGGGCUUGAUGUACCAGAGAGUGGCCUAGAGGCGCUUAAAUGUCUUAGCAAUGGUGACAUGAGAAAGGCUUUGAAUAUACUGCAGUCGACUCACAUGGCUUCUCAACAAAUUACAGAAGAAACUGUAUACCUGUGCACUGGAAACCCAUUGCCCCAAGAUGUGCAGCAAAUAACCCACUGGCUUCUGAAUGAAUCUUUUGUAGAGAGCUAUAAACGAAUUUCUGAAAUUAAGACAAGGAAAGGUUUGGCCUUGGUUGAUAUUGUAAGAGAAGUGACCAUGUUUGUUUUCAAGAUUAAGAUGCAAUCAGAUAUCCGAGUGCCAUUGAUCAAUGAUUUGGCUGAUAUAGAAUACAGGUUGAGCUUUGGGUGCAAUGAUAAGCUGCAACUUGGAUCACUUAUUGCUUCUUUUACUAGGGCUCGAUCUGCAUUGGUUGCAGCCGCAAAUUAGUUUGAUGCUACUUCUGUUUGCCCUAUGGUAUUUCUUCUGAAUUCCGCUCAGAGACAUUGAAUCCUUGCUUAUGCAGUCUUGAAUCCUUGCUUAUGCAGUCCUCAAGUUAUGGAUAUGUAAGAAUGUAAAUUUUUGAGCUACUAGCAAGUUAAAAUGCCUGCAUCUUUGCAGCUUAGCUUGUUU